AACAAACGACUGGCGCAUAUACCGCGAAUAAAUUGGUGGAAGAGCAGUAAGAAAUAUGGCGUAAAAAUUUUGGUGGCCUGUUUUAAUCCUCAAAAAUAUAUAUAGAUAUAUACAUACGUGUGUUACAUUGAUAUUUUUUACUAUUAUUUCAAUGUUAAUUUUCAACGUUUACCUGAGUAUACUAAACAGACAUCAACAUCGUGGUCGUUCUAUUUUUCAAUAGAACUUUAGUACAAGUGACUCGACAAGACACAAGUUGGAUAUAAUUCAGAGAAAAUAAAAGAAUAUAAAUUUGAAGAAAAGAAAUUUCGUUUAGCACAAUGAGUGUCGAUGCUUAUGGACCCAGCAGUCAAACUUUAACAUUUUUGGAUACUGAAGAAGCUGAUUUAAUCGGUGCUGAUACGCAAGGAAGUGAAUUCGAUUUCACUGACUUUACUUUACCAUCUCCAAGUCAAACUCAAGCUUCACAACAUGAUGUGGUACAAAACCCACAAAGUCAAAAUGUUCAGAUUAAUGGUACUAAUGGAAGCUCUGCGUUAGACCUAAAAAUAUCUGGAGCAGCACAAAAUUUAGCUGAGCUUCAGUUUGAAGAAGAAGAAGAGGAAGCUUAUUACAAUCGUGAUUUACCCGAACAUGCAUGCAAGUAUUGCGGUAUCCAUGAAGCAUCUUGUGUUGUUAUGUGUAAUGUAUGCAGAAAAUGGUUCUGCAACGGACGAGGAAAUACUUCUGGAUCUCAUAUCAUCAAUCAUUUAGUAAGAGCUAAACACAAGGAAGUGACAUUGCACAGAGACGGACCCUUGGGUGAAACUGUCCUGGAAUGUUACUCUUGUGCUGUUAGAAAUGUUUUCGUUCUUGGAUUCAUUCCAGCAAAAGCUGAUUCCGUGGUUGUGUUGCUCUGUAGACAGCCAUGUGCUGCUCAAAGCUCACUGAAAGACAUGAAUUGGGAUCAAGAACAAUGGAAACCUUUGAUAGAAGAUCGUAGUUUUCUUGCAUGGCUUGUAAAAAUUCCAUCUGAGCAAGAGCAACUUCGUGCUCGUCAAAUUUCUGCACAACAAAUAAACAAGCUUGAAGAAUUAUGGCGUGAUAAUGUUGAUGCUACGUUUCAAGAUCUAGAAAAGCCUGGUGUGGAUGAAGAACCUCAGCAAGUUUUACUGCGCUAUGAAGACGGUUAUCAAUAUCAGAAUAUUUUUGGACCACUAGUGAAGCUUGAAGCUGAUUACGAUAAACGCUUGAAAGAAUCUCAAACGCAAGAAAAUAUCGAAGUACGUUGGGAUGUUGGUUUAAAUAAAAAAACAAUCGCAUAUUUCAUGCUGGCAAAAACUGACGGAGAUAUGAAAGUAAUGCACGGCGAUGAAUUAAGACUUCGAUAUCUUGGAGAGUUGCAUAAACUUUGGUCUGGUAUCGGUCAUGUCAUAAAGAUUCCAGAUAACUAUGGUGAAGAAGUUGGAAUUGAGUUAAAAAAUAACUCUGGUGCUCCAACUGAGUGUGUAAGUAAUUUUGUGGUGGAUUUCAUUUGGAAAAGUACAAGUUUUGAUCGUAUGCAACUGGCAUUGAGAAAAUUUGCCGUUGACGAUACAUCAGUAUCAGCUUAUAUCUAUCAUCGUUUACUGGGUCAUGAAGUUGAAGAAGUUUUAUUCCGCUGUCAUUUACCUAAACACUUCAGUGCUCCAAAUCUUCCAGAUUUAAAUCGAUCUCAAGUUUAUGCAGUUAAACAUGCAAUUCAAAGACCACUAUCUUUAAUUCAAGGACCUCCUGGAACUGGUAAAACUGUAACAAGUGCUACGAUCGUUUAUCAGUUAGUAAAGCAAAAUGGUGGUCCAGUUUUAGUAUGCGCACCAUCGAAUACUGCAGUAGAUCAAUUGACAGAAAAAAUCCAUAAGUCGAAUUUAAAAGUUAUAAGACUCUGUGCUAAAUCUAGAGAAGCUAUAGAUUCACCAGUAAGUUUCUUAGCACUUCACAAUCAAAUAAAGAAUAUGGAAACCAAUACAGAACUUCAAAAACUUCAACAAUUGAAAGAUGAAACGGGUGAACUGUCAUCCGCCGAUGAAAAGAGAUACAGAUUAUUGAAGAAGGCUGCGGAAAAAGAACUUUUAGAAGCAGCUGAUGUUAUUUGUUGCACCUGUGUUGGUGCCGGUGAUCCAAGACUACAUAGAUUAAAAUUCCAUUCUAUCUUAAUCGAUGAAAGCAUGCAAGCAACUGAGCCAGAAUGCAUGGUACCAGUUGUUUUGGGUGCUAAACAAUUAAUUUUAGUUGGAGAUCACUGCCAAUUAGGGCCAGUUGUUAUGUAUAAAAAAGCAGCAAGAGCUGGAUUAUCUCAAUCGUUGUUUGAAAGGCUUGUUGUAUUGGGAAUAAGACCAUUUAGGCUAGAAGUUCAAUAUAGAAUGCAUCCUGAUUUAUCAAGAUUCCCUUCAAAUUUCUUUUACGAAGGUUCUCUACAAAAUGGUGUUUGCGCUGAUGAACGCAAAUUAUUGAAAAUUGAUUUCCCAUGGCCUGUACCUGAUAAACCUAUGUUCUUUUAUGUUACUCAAGGCCAAGAGGAAAUUGCAGGUAGUGGAACUUCGUAUUUAAAUAGAACAGAAGCAUCGAACGUUGAAAAAAUAACCACAAGAUUCCUUAGAUGUGGGGUAAAACCAGAACAGAUCGGAGUUAUUACUCCAUAUGAAGGCCAAAGGGCUUAUUUAGUACAAUAUAUGCAAUAUCAAGGAUCUCUUCAUCAGAAAUUAUAUCAAGAAAUAGAAGUUGCAAGUGUUGACGCUUUUCAGGGUAGAGAAAAGGAUAUAAUAAUAAUGUCUUGUGUACGAUCUAAUGAACAUCAAGGUAUUGGAUUUUUAAAUGACCCAAGGCGAUUGAAUGUAGCAUUGACACGUGCUAAAUACGGAAUUAUUAUUGUUGGAAAUCCGAAAGUUCUGUCUAAGCAACCUCUUUGGAAUCAUUUGCUAAAUUUCUAUAAAGAACAGAAAGUUUUGGUUGAAGGUCCAUUAAAUAAUUUGAAAGAGUCAAUGAUUCAGUUUGCAAAACCGAAAAAAUUAGUUAACUCAGCUAAUCCUGGAUCACACUUCAUGUCUACGUCUAUGUAUGAUGCUCGAGAAGCUCUUAUACCUGGAUCUGUUUAUGAUAGAUCAGGGAACCAAAUAAAUGGCAAUCAGAAUCAUAAUCCUUAUUAUCAAAGAAACGUUCCUUUAGAUAUGUUUAGCAGAACUCAUGAUACUAUUAGCUAUAUCAGUCCCGAAAGGGCUCAAGCUGCAAUGAAUAAUGUUCCUGUACCUGUAGGGAUGUUUAUGAAUAUGGCACACGUUCCUCCACGAUUCUACAAUCAACACCAGCAAGCUCUAGCUGCUAGACAAAAUCAGAGAAGUCGAAGACAAACUGGAAUUAAAAAGGUAACACCCAGAUUGGGUAAGUUUAGUCAGUCGGAGCAAAACACACAACCUUAUAGCCAACCAGGGUUACCUUUGACUCAAGGAACUACCCAAGGUAUGUCUCAACCAGGCUUUAGUUUAUCUCAGCCAGGAUUGAGUCAAGCAGAAUUAUCUCAAGAUUCAUUUGCUGUUGGUGAUUUCCAAUCCCAAAUGGAUGGAUUAUUAUCACAAGAUUCGAAUUAUCAUGCCGAUCGAAGCGGAUUUUAUCAAGGAGGACAAUCACAACCUGGAGGACAAUUUUCCCAACCCUACUGAGGUCGUUUAAGGAAGGCUAAGCAACGCAUUUGCCAUGCAAUGUCGCGGGAGCGACUGAGAAGGCUCGUUUGAAAAAUUCUUCUUCAAUAAAAAUGAAUUUAAACAUCACUAACUGAUGCUAGAGAACGGUACAAUGUUACGGCAACUAUCAGGAAUGAAGAUUGAUAAUUUUUCGAUCGAGAUGAUUGAAUAUUUCAUGGUCAAACUUGAACGAUUAUGAUAAUUGUGAGUUUAUGUGGAUGAUUUUUUAAAGAGAUGGAUGAUAGACAGCCGUUACCGUGUGAGCGAUAACUUUAAACGAACAUCAGAAAGUAAGAAAAUUGAAUUAAAAACUACAAACGGUUUAUAACAACUUUAAAUAAUCGAUAAUGAUUAUCGAUGAUCGAAGGAGAAAUUGUAAUUCACUGGUUUACAAACUUGGAAUCAUCUUUAACGAUAUCAUGACGAAUCUGACAACAUAUUGUGAUUGAAAAUUUAUCAUUAUUGCUAGAUUUCGUGGUGUUAUUUUACAAAAAAAUAUUUUCUUUCAUUUAUCCGAGGAAUAGUUUCAAUUAUGAAUAAAUUUUUGGUUUGAAUAUGAAAAAAAAUUAUCAAUAUCAGUUAUUUGAUUAGUUAGUGAAUGACAAGCUGUUAAGGUUUGUGAUGGUAUUGAAAAAUGCUAAAUACUAGUGAAUUCAUCACGUGAUCCAAGUAAUGAAUAUCAACUUAGAGUAUCCUUCGAUAAUCAUUACUUCAAAUAAAUUUAAAUUACUUUGAUUCUAUUAUGGUUAUCUUUAUUGUUACUAUAGUUAACAUUUUAGAUAUCAUUUAUUAUAACAAUGUAUAAUUAUAAUUACUUUGUUAAUUAAUUGGUUGUAGAGUUUCAUUAAGAUGACGGAGUAAAAAAAAAAAUUUCUUCAUAAGGGUACUUUUUUUUUUUUUUAAUAAUAAUAAAGUGAUGACGUAUCAAAAAAUGUUGGAGAGCACAAUAGAUAGUAGUUUCAUAUUUUAUUUUCAACCAAUCGUUUUUUUUUUUGUAUAAAGUUUAAAAAAUAC